AUGGCAGCGACGCCUGUUUCCUCUUUCUCUCCCGACAAACACCGGUCACAGUGUCUCUCCCGCGACGAAUACAUAGAUUUGCGAAAUUCCCAGGACAAGCAUCUGAAUGCUGAACUCGCUUCCAUUCGAUGUUCCGUCGACGACGUGAAGCAGGAGUUGAACGACGUCAAGCGGGAGUUGAAAGCCGACAUCAAGGAGGUCAGAGACGACAUCACGGCACUCAAAGACGACUUCACGGCUCUGAAAGACGACUUCACGGCUCUGAAAGACGACGUCACAACCCUUAGAGGCGACUUUACGGUUCAGAUGCAAUACCUUGAAGCCGAGAUGAGCCGGUCUCAAGCGUUCACGCGGAACAAUGCCUUGAAGAAUCCAACCCUCCCUAUCCGACCUGUUGUUGUGUAUCGCCCUGGACGCGGCAUUCUUGAGCCUGAUUCCUCACGUUUUCCUCGGAACGCGAACGAUUUUUACUCUUUGAGGGAUCCACAAACUAAAUGGCACCGGUCCAUGCUCGCCUACCUUGCCGACUUCUACGACGUCCAACUCAGAGGUGCCAGUCAUUUUCCUAAAGAGGAAAGCAACAGUGACGAUAGUGACGACGACGAAAUCAUUCUCGAACACCCUGAACUCGUCGUAGAGAAGUUGGAAGACAUACUCGGCCUGAAUGAAGAUAAAAUAAUCAAGUUCAAGGAGAGAGCUCUGCAAACGGCAUCACGAACGCCAUCGAAACCCAUCAAACGCUCCCAAAUAUCCUGGCCUGAAGCUGGACCUAUUCCUGGCCCACGCCGACAAAAACUCGAACUA